AGCUGUAUUCCGUCUCCAGAUCAGAGGCGGCGCUGUUCCCAGCGCUUCCGACCCCAUGACGUUGACAUUUUGACAAUGGUGACAUACUUCCGGUGACGUUCAAAUGCGAGCACGACAAAAGAGCCAGCGAGAGUGCUAAAACCUCCAAGGUUGCAUGUGAGGGCCAUGGCUCGCGGGCAGCAGAAGAUUCAGUCCCAGCAGAAGAACGCCAAGAAGGCCGCCGAGAAGAAGAAGGGGCAGGCGGCCGACCAGAAGACGGCGGCCAAGGUGGCACUGGUCCACACGUGUCCCGUCUGCAGGACCCAGAUGCCUGAUCCCAAGACCUUCAAGCAACACUUUGAGAGCAAACACCCCAAGUCUCCCAUGCCUCCUGAGCUGGCCGACGUUCAGGCUUGAAGGACCGGAAAUGAGCCGUCUCACGUGUCUUUUCUUGCAGACACAGCAUGAUGACAAGGAUGAAGCACACAGUCCAUCUAACAACAUGGAGGUGACGUGCGUGUGUGUGUGAGUGAGAAGAAGACAGUGACGAAAGGGUCACAAAAGUCCCAUUUAAAAAAAAAAAAAAAACAACAACAUAUUUAUUGUAUGCAAGCAACAUGCUUAUAAACUGUCAGGAUUGUGUGCUAAGGAGAAUGACAACAAGUUCACACAGUUCAACUUUUUUCUUCAUUUAAUUUGACUAUUAAUCUUUCCUGAGUGAAGCAAGCUGCAGUGAGAAGUGAAAAAAACAAACCAAUAGACCACUAAAUAUCAGGCGCAUAGCAACAACACCUCAGCCCUUUUUUUGGUUACACCUGGCAAUAAUUUACUGAAGAUAUUCAUUCAUUUGGACUGCUAACAUUUCAAAUCAACCCCAACUUUAAGCACAAAUCAUGUUCAUGCUCGACUGUUGUGGUUUCAAACUCGACUUUAAAUGUACAACAACAUUGAAAGUCUUCAUCUUUUCGAAGGACUAUUUAGAAAGUUAUGUGACCAAAUAACUAACACGUGUGUAUCUUGUAAUAAAAAUCAAAGUCCA